ACCACCGUAGGUGACGGCGGCGGGCUUCGUACCUCGGCCCGUGUGUGUGUCCCACGUUGAGGCAGCUUCUGUUGAAAGGCAGUGUUGGCACUUUGAGGACAGGGAACCAGCUACAGUUCUCUUGUCGGUCUCCUUACCCCUGGAAUUCGAAAUGCUUUACCUGAUCGGCUUGGGUCUGGGAGAUGCCAAGGACAUCACAGUCAAGGGCCUGGAAGUUGUAAGACGCUGCAGUCGAGUGUAUCUGGAAGCCUAUACCUCAGUCCUGACUGUGGGGAAGGAAGCCCUGGAAGAGUUUUAUGGCAGAAAAUUGAUUCUCGCUGAUAGAGAAGAAGUGGAACAAGAAGCAGAUAAUAUUUUAAAGGAUGCUGAUAUCAAUGAAGUUGCAUUCCUUGUGGUUGGUGAUCCAUUUGGGGCUACAACUCACAGUGAUCUUAUUCUGAGAGCAACAAAGCUGGGAAUUCCUUAUCGAGUUAUUCACAAUGCCUCCAUAAUGAAUGCUGUAGGCUGCUGUGGUUUACAGCUGUAUAACUUUGGAGAGACAGUCUCUAUUGUGUUUUGGACAGACACUUGGAGACCAGAGAGCUUCUUUGACAAAGCAGAAAAGAACAGACAAAAUGGCAUGCAUACUUUAUGCUUACUAGACAUCAAAGUAAAGGAGCAAUCUUUGGAAAAUCUAAUGAAGGGAAGGAAGAUCUAUGAACCGCCUCGGUAUAUGAGUGUAAACCAAGCAGCCCAGCAGCUUCUGGAAAUUGUCCAAAAUCGAAGAGAAGGAGGAGAAGAACCAGCAGUCACUGAGGAGACACUCUGUGUUGGCUUAGCCAGGGUUGGAGCUGAGGACCAGAAAAUUGCAGCAGGCACUUUACAGCAGAUGUGUACUGUGGACUUGGGAGGACCACUGCAUUCCCUGAUUAUCACAGGAGGCAGCAUGCAUCCACUGGAGAUGGAAAUGCUAAGUCUGUUUUCCAUACCAGAACAGCAUUGAUGGACUCUGAACAUGGACAUUUUCUGGGGUCAAACAUUAAUUUCAGUCAGAUAUAAAUGUACACUUAUUUGUAUGACAUAUGAAAGAGGUCUUUUUGGUUUGUGUAAAAGUAGUAAUAAUAAGUGACCAAAAAGAAAGGAGUUGGCUCAACAAUGCUUGGUUUCCUGCAACAAUAAGUUUUUUUCCCUAUGAUAUCAUCAGUUGUGUUGUUUUGGCAACUUUUCAGGAUGUUCAUGCAUAUAACAGACCAAGCUGGAAACCUUGUGGGUAGAUGUCCACAGACAGAAUCAUUUAAAAGCAAUUUUUUUUUUUUUUUUGUGGUACCAGGGAUCAAACUCAGGUCCUUGCACUUGUAAAAGCAAUUUUUAUUUAGGAAAUCAGUUAAUACAAGGUGAUUGGUACAGGGUAUAACUUAGAGGUAACUACAAUGUGAAUCACCUAAGUCCUACUUCUAAAGGUUAAGAAAUGUAGCAGUGGCCACAAAAGUGAAUGAAAGACUGGUAACCAUUCAUAUGUUGUUUUUAUAACUUUCUUCUUCCAUAAAAAGUCAGCUGUCCUAACUACAAGGUGAGUUUUCCCGACAGAGCUGGUACUGGGACUUAGAAACAGAAAUGAGAAGAAUACAUUUCCACCCUACCCUACCUGCUUACCUUAAAGCUCAAGCAAGUACAAGCUUCAAAAUGACAUCCUUCUGAAUUGAUUGUAUUGGUUAGCUGACAGCCUACUUAAUGUGACUCCUAUUCUGCUGUAUUUUGGAGGCUAUAUAAUUGUUUAAUUAUACAUGUUCAGCCGGCCAUGUACAAUUGCUGUUUUGUUUUAAAUAGCAUCUUUCCACAUUCAACCAGAUAUGGGAAGUGUGCUAACUACAAAAUAAAAAUUUUUAAAUGUUGGAUUGAAGGCAACAAUAGAUCAAAAUUUGUCAUAUCACUUAAUUCAGUUAAUGUGCCAUCAUAUAUACCUGAGUAAUCUCACUAGUUUUAAAUAACAUUUAUUUAUUAUAUUUCAUGACCAUAGUUUAAUAUUUUUGUCAGUUUGGAAUAAAAAUAGCUUUUUUACACACUAGUUCAGUUAGUCCAAUUCUGAGUAUUUCCGUGGCCUAAACAAUUUGACUUUUUUGCUUAGUAAAUUCGUUGAAAAUUGAAGAAAAAUUUCCCUACUUCUUAGUAUUAUCAGUGAACUAGAAAUUAUUUUUACUUAUUUCCUUUGGGAUAAAAGAUUUUGAAAUAUCCCAUUUUCAGUUUGCUGGGCACAAAAAUGGAGAGAACUACAUACUUUUCAGUCCUACAUUAUUUUCUUCUAAGGCAUUAAACCAAACAUUUAAAAAUUGUAAAACAAAGAACUUCUGGCUUUGGUAAUGUAGUGUAGCUUGUAGUAUACAAACCUUCCCAGUUAAAAACUCUGAAAGGAGUAUAAUCAGUUACUAUCUAAAGACACUAGGGAGUCCCCAAAAGCAGGCCGAGUACUACACAAACACAGCUUUUCCCCUCAAGACAUUCCCAGAUUUCUGGUGAAAACUGACCUUGAGAGGAAGUUGCAGUCUUACUGGCUUGAAGUUUUAGAGGAUAAAUUUGGAAACUGAAGUAAGAGAUUUUUGAAAUCAAGGUGCCAAAGAAGAUGCCAGACCUGUGUGUCUCUCCUUAAACUUUUUGCCAACUCCUAAACUCUGCAUAUGCAGGGAAGACUCCAUAAGCCCUGGUGGAAGCCACAGAUGGAAGACUGAAGAAGCAGAACAGAAAUUGCUCUCUAUUCCAAGUGAAGACAUUUUCCAGUUUGAAUUCUGACAUGUUAGAAGGGAUUUAUAACAAUUUGGACUAUCCAUCAAAACGCCAGAAUGGACUGGUUAACAAAGACUGGGCCCAGGACUAGACAUUUGUAUUAAAACUAAGAACAGGGCCCGGGAUUUAGCUCAGUGGUUUCGCCACCUGCUGCGCAAGCGCAAGGACCCGAGUUCGAUCUCCGGUACCAAAAACAAAACAAAACUAAGAACAAAACCUUUAAUGUAAUAUAAAAUGAAAUCUCCACAAAAUCAAGGUGAUUAGUCAAUAAUUCAAGCCUGUAAUCAUUUAGCCAUUCAGAAUAAAGCUUAACACGCCAGAGUAUGAUUAAAAAUUAGUCUCUAUAACACGUCAACAGUAAUCAGAGACAGUAAAAUAUUAUGAUAUGUCUUUAUGAUUUAAAAAGGGUAAUAGAGAUCAUAAUCUAGAUAUUAGAAUUAGUAGAUCGGGAUUUUGAAGCAGCUGUUAGAACUGUGUUCAUAGAUGAACAGAAAGGUGAUUUAAAUAAAUGAGUAUAAAUGAGUACUCUCGGCCAAGAAAUGCAAAAAUAAAAAAGAAUCAAAUCAUUGCAAAUAGUAUCAGAAUACAGAUGAUAAAGAGAUUGUCCAAUCUGAGGAAGCAAAAAGAAAAGAAAGGAGGGGGGAAAUCCCUGAAUGCUGUGUGGGGCAAUGUGAAACAGUUUGACAUAUAUGUAAUUACAGAGUUCCAAGAAAGAAAAUAGGACAGAAAAAAUAUGAAUAGAAAGUGAUGCUUCCUCAACUUGGUAAAACUCUCAACAUAUGUAGAUUGAAUAAGCUCAGUGAAUCCCAAGCAGAAUAAAUACAAAGUAAACCAUACCUAACAUGUUCACAACAGGGACAUUCUUAUCUCUCAUUGCCAGGUGGCUUGACCAGUGGUAUAUGCAUGGCUGUCCCUAUGGGUGACUUUUUAUUUUAUUAGUAAGAAGACCAAUAAAAGUGAUUAGAUCCAUUUGUACCAGUGGUACAAGCCACCCAAUGGGACAGUCAUGUAUGUACCACUCACUGGUGGUUCAGGCUGGUGAGAACGUGUUAAAAUUGAUGAAAACUAAACAAGACAAAUUGUAAAAUCCACCAAGGGCAGUAGUAGAGAACUCACCAAAUUUUUCUUUGAAAUUAAAAUCUCAACUAGGUAUCUUUAUUUUUUGCAAAAUCUGGUAAAUUUAUCAUGUAAGCAGUUUAACCUCAGUAUAAAUGAAAACUGCAUUAUUCAUCAGUAGGAAAAGGUUGAGCAGUAUUGUUUUCAGUCUCCUGUCCUGAAACCCCAGGGUUUUGCAGUUAAAGGAGAAAUACUUGAAGGCUACAUGUAUUUGUUUAGUAGUUUUUAGCUCUUUAAUAUUUACUUUGCAUUUUUAUGGUGCUAGGGGUUGAACCCAGGACCUCAUGUAUGCUAGUAUGCUAGAUAGGUUCUUUAUUAUUGAGUUAUAUUUCCAAUCCUUCUCCUGUGUUUUCAACCAGAAGUUUUAUAGCUGUACAUUUUAUACUUAUCUGUGAUACAAUUUUAGUUCUGUGUAUGAAGGGUGAAGUUUAGGUUGCGUUUCAUUUGUUUUCUUUUAUGUACUGUGGAUAUCCAAUUGCUCCAACACUAUUUGAUAAAAUGACUAUUCUUGCUUCAUUGAA